AGAAACAUGAUCUUAGUCGUUUGGUAUUCGACCCAAUGACAGGAAAGCUUUUCGUUAAAAAGCCUAAUAUAAAGGAGGAUAACACAAGCGUUAUUUCUUUCGCCCAGCCACGGUUUUUUGGUGGCUCCUUCAUCGCACCAUCAGAGAAAGACAAAAUCGUAAUAACUCCUGAGUCCUACGAUAAGAAAAGAGUUUCUGUCACAACAAUGCACAUCUCUUGUAAAUCCGACAUGUAUAAUCCAAGCCACAACUAUGGCGGAGUCAUUGUUUAUCAAUACGACGGCAAGUCAGAAUGGAGAACCGCCAACAACACUCACUGCAAGUCUGGCUAUAUCGUCAUUCAAGCCACAGAUAAAGAAGACGUUAGAAAAUGGGAGAAUGAGCCUGGUGUUGUUCACGGAGCUGUUUAUAGAAAUGCCUUCGGUGAAUCUGUAAAUGACGCGGAAGUCGUUGGCGAAGGAUUUGCAAUGCAAAAUGGAGACUUUAAAAUGUAUUCAAGCGUCUUCAACAAUCCAUCUGGCAGUGCCUAUCAUGAUCAUCGUAGAAGGAUGCACGAAUUAUCAGAGCAUUGCGUCAGAAAGAUUGUGGAGUAUUGGAAGACCGCUGGUCCUUGUUGGGUCAGACAAAGAAAUUUUGAAGUUAAAGAAUUACUCAAGGAUUUCGACUUUGAUUCACUGUAUUAAGGUUACAAACGCUACUUAGGUGCCUGUAAAAAACUGCUUAUCUGUAGUUUAAAGUACAAUGCUUGCACAAUUGUCUAUAUAUACAAUCUAAAUGCCUGCGCAAAUGCACAAUCAUGUAUGUAUAUUGUCCAAACGUAUAGUCCAUAUUACCAAUAAUGUAUUUUAGCCUGACCAACUUUUCGUUCCCGCCCACACGCACCCUACUACUGUGCGCCCCUGAAGACAAUAUUGUUACAAAGAAUUGACCGUGUGAAAAUUCUCGAAAAACAUUAGCUGCUGAACUCGUAAACGUAAUAUUUAGAUUCGUGUAAAUACAGAUUAAUGAUGAAACUCAUUCGUGAUUUUCGCAGCAUCGCAUACAUCACUGAUCCAUUAGCUCAAUAUCUAAAUAUCUAUAAUUUAACAAUUACGACUACGUCUCGACAAGAAAUAACUAGUGAUAAACCUAUUUAUUUAUUAC